GGGUUUAAGUUUUGUGAUGGAGAGAGCUGCCUCAACCACAUUUUCUCACUCAGUGUAGUGGAAGUCUAAUAUGGAACUAUGAAAUAGCCCACUCCAGAGCCUCCAACUUAACACAUUUGCCUCUUCCAACAUAUUUGCUUUACCUCUCCCAUCACAAUCAUAAUUCUUCAGAUUAUUUUGUUAAUAUUUAUUUAUUGCUCUGGUAGGAUAUAAAACUAAAAACAAAACAGCUAAAUACGUAAAAAUCUGACUGGUAGUCCAGACUAAAAUAAUCUGAUAAACAACAAAAUCAACAAAACAAAACGGGCUUUAGGCAAAUCAUUAACACCAACCCCAGCUUUCACAGCUUUCCUGAACCCGGGGAUGGAGGGCUAGGAAAGAGAACGAAAUAAUGUUACCAUAUGAUAUCUAUCUUUCCCUCUUAUUUACGCGGCACUCAAGGCAGCUUGAUUUGAGAUGUCACUUGGUUCAUGCUCAGAAACGCGGCGCUCAGGUUCCGCACCCUGGGCGAGGCCGAUGUUUCGUAGGUGCCCCCUCCGCCGCUGUCUGGCAGAAAGAGCUCUAAUCCCCGCCUCCCGCUGUUGCCCGCCCUAGUCUGGCUGCAGCAGCCCCCCCGCCGUCUGAACCCAACGCAGGGAAAGGGGAGCGUCAGCGGCUGCGACAAAGGCGCCACCACCGAGCGGUGAGUUGGCUGAGCAGUAGCUGACGCCUGCCCGCCUUCCCUUUCUCUCUCCCUCCCUCCCUCCCUCUGCCGUGUGCUGCUAGCAGGUUGUUCACGUGAGUGGGAGCCUGGCUGUUACCUGGAGCCGAGGCAGCGUCUCUCUUUUUUCCUGGCGUCCUCAAAAAGAGAAGCAGGAAGAUCCACGGGGAAGCGUCUCGAAGUUCUUAGAUCAGCGUGGGAUACAAGAUUUCAACUGUGUUUCCUAGUCCUUCUAUCUGUGCAUCCAUACAAGAUCUCUGAGGAUUCUUGGAAGGGGUCAUAGGAUGGAAGUGGCACCUCCCAGCUACUGUUUUGUUGCAUUUCCACCACCUACUAAAGAUGGCCGUGUAGUAGUUGGGAAAAAUUCUGCACGUCCUCGUGAUGAAGUUCAGGAGGUAGUUUAUUUUGCUGCUGCUACUUAUGAUCCAGGAUGCAAAGUUGAGUGCACAUACAUUGAAAUAGACCAAGUACCUAAGACAAAUGCAGUUGCACUGAGCAGACCUUCCUGGCUCUGGGGAGCUGAAAUGGGAGCCAAUGAACAUGGACUCUUCAUUGCUAAUGAAGCUGUGCUAGCCAGAGAAGCAGCUCCUGAAACUGAAGCCCUCCUAGGAAUGGAUCUUGUGAGACUUGGGCUUGAAAGAGGUUCAACUGCUAAAGAAGCCUUGGAUGUCAUUGUCUCGCUGCUGGAAGAAUAUGGUCAAGGUGGAAAUUACUAUGAAGAUGGAAGUAUGUGCCAUACCUUCCUGUCUGCUUAUCUGAUAGUAGACAGAAAAGAAGCUUGGGUGUUGGAUACUAUUGGAAAAUAUUGGGCAGCAGAGAAAAUUACAGAUGGAGUAAAGUGCAUUUGCAACUGUCUCUCCUUAACUACAAAAAUUGAUGCAGAACACCCUAAGCUUAGAAGUUAUGCAGAAAGUAAAGGAUGGUGGAGCACAGAUAAGGAGUUCAAUUUUGCUGAAGUAUUUUCCCAAGAUGAUGAUUGUUCAAAUUGUUGCUUGGGAAAGGAGAUCUUAAAAAACCAAGAAGGCAACAUCACUGUGGAAACAAUGAUUGACCUAUUACGUAACAAGGCUGAGGGCAUCUCUGUGGAUUCAGACUCUUUUCUUACUACAGCAAGCAUGGUAUCCGUCUUACCUCAGAAUCUGACUUCUCCAUGCAUUCAUUUUUUCACUGGCACACCAGAUCCAUCCAAGUCCAUAUUUAAACCUUUUAUCUUUGUGGAUGGUGUGAAAAUAGUACCUAAAGUUCAAUCACCCAUUUUUGGUAGUGAAGAUCCUGUGAAAAAAAUUCCUCGGUUUCAGGAGAAACCUGAUCGCAGACACGAACUAUACAAGGCACAACAGCAGGCCCGAUUAGUCUUAGACAGUGAUGAGGAAAAAGGUCAUACAUUAAGGAGAAUAAUGUUAAACCUUGAAAAACAGGGGUUGGAAGCAAUGGAAGGCAUACUCUCUAGCUCUGAAAUUCUUGAUUCUUCGGAAAUAGAAGACCUUUUUUAUGACUGUGUAGAUACAGAAAUUAAAUUCUUCAAAUGAAUGCCCAUAGACACUGUUAACCUUUGCACAGGAACAUAGAACUCUUCAAGCCUUGAAAGAUAAUCUCACCAUAUUGCCGAAUUUGGGAGCAAGUAUUCGUCUUUCUAGAGAAACUUUCCUCAGUAGCUCUAUCCAGUUAACAUCCUCUUUCAUUGUGUGUUGUCUUGUGCAUAUUGUUAAAAGAGAUUUUGCUGACUGAUUCAGUUAGUAGAUGCAUGCUGGCCAGUGUCAUUUUGGAAUUUUUGUUUUAUUUUAGCAACAAAACUUUAGAAAUAAAUAAUUUUAGGAAAGACCAUAGAGGUCUCAAUGUCGUUUUCAAAUUAAGCAGAAUCUUUUGAGAAAUCCCCUUCAAAAUAUUGAUCCACUUUCAAAGGAAAGAUGGUCCACUUUAUAACUUCUAAAAUCUAAAUGAUAUUUUUGAAAGGAAAAAGUGAAAACAUUAAAAAAGAAAAUUCCAUUAUAAAGGGCAUAACUUUCAGCAAUGGAAUACCUUCUCACUGAUGCUAAUUUGAAUGAGAAUGAAAUCAAUUUACACAAACCUUAGAGAAAUAGACCACCAAGUUCUCUAUUUCACAUUAUUUUAUAUUUCAUUGUGCUGCAUUUGAAACAUUUUUCCAAAAGUUUGGUUUAGAAUGUUCCCAAUAUUAUUGGAAAGUUGUUGGGAAGGUGAGGUAGAAUGCAAGGAUAUCAUCUAUCACAGUGAUGGCGAGCCUUUUAGAGACCGAGUGCCCAAAAACUGCCCCACCCCCGGCCCAGCCCUGCUGCACCCGCCUUCCCCGCCCUGCUCUGCCCUCACCCCGCCUGCCUUCAGGGCCAUCCACGGCCUGCUACAGAUCGCCCAGGUAGCCCUGCAGUGCCACGGUAGCCACACCCUCUGCCCGUGCCCCCUAGCAUCAUGUGCUGCCCAGCUGCCAUGUGCUUGGCUGCACUGCUCCGUAUGGGCCACACCCGGGGG